AUGUCGGUCUCAACACCCAACAUUCUUCUCUAUGGCGCCGGCAGCAUCGGCGGCGUCUAUCUGUACCAGCUUCUUCAAGCCGGCUGCACCGUGACAGCCGUCUGUCGGUCCAAUUAUGACGUGGUAAAAUCAUGUGGCUUCGCACUAUCGUCUGUCAGAUUUGGUGAAGUGACCUACCGUCCAACCGCUGUGGUGAGAGACAUCUCCGAAUGCAGCGGUGACUCAUUUGACUUUGUUCUGGUCUGUACGAAAUCUUUUCCAGGCAGCAACCCGUCCCUGCCUGAACAGCUCAGGCCUGUUCUAGAUGGCAGACCACAGACAACAAUUGUCCUGGCGCAGAAUGGAAUUAUGAUUGAAGAGGAAGUCGCGGUCGCGUUUCCACAGAAUCCGAUCCUAAGUGGUGUUAUCUACUGCCCCGCGGUGCAGACUGGACCUGGGACAAUCGAGUAUUCUGAAAUGCUCAAUUUAUUCGAACUAGGCACAUACCCUUCAAAUGCACCGGAGUCACACAAGAAUGAGGCAAGACGCUUUGCCGAUCUUAUGAUUAGAGGUGGUGGUGGUGCCGAGGUUCACGACGAUAUACAGAUAGCACGCUGGUCUAAGCUACUAAUGAAUGCGGCGUGGAAUCCUAUCGGGGCUCUCACUAUGAAUACCGACGGGGACUUCCUACUUACCUCUGAGCCAUAUGCUUAUGAUUUGGCUUGGGGAAUCAUGAUGGAGGUUAUUGAGCUGGCGAAGCGUAUGGGGAUCUCGGGCGUGACGACUGAGGUGGCUGAGCAGAAAAUCGCACUUUCAAAGAGGAGAGCAGAGACAGGCACGGGGAGAGAGAUGAGUAUGCUUCAGGACGUGAGGCAAGGUCGGAGUAUUGAGGUUGAAGCAAUCCUUGGCAAUGCACUGAGAGCUGGGAAGCAAAAGGGUGUAUCCAUGCCCCGCUUGGAAACGAUCUAUGCCCUAGCAAAGGCCCGAUGCUCAGCUAUAGAGAAAGAGCGCUCCAAAGGGUCCACAUGA